AUGUUAGCUGUGGGGCAGAUGGAUACUAACAGACAGAGCGCCUUCGUGCUGAGCAGUACCCCCCUGGCUGCUCUCCACAAUAUGGCAGAGAUGAAGACCACCCUCUUCCCCUAUGCACUACAGAACCCCUCCACCUUCAAAGCCCCAAACCUGUCCUCCCUCAACACACAGAUCCCCCUGGGGACACCGCAUGGGAUUAGUGACAUUCUCGGCAGGCCCCUGGGGGCUUCCCUGGGGGCAUCCGGCAACCUGCUCUCCAGCCUGCCUCGUAUUAAUGGACUCGCCACCUCCACUGGGAUGUACUUUAACCCAGCAGCCGUGUCCAGGUACCCCAAACCCCUGGCUGAGCUACCGGGAAGAGCACCCAUCUUCUGGCCUGGAGUCAUGCAAAGUUCACCUUGGAGGGAUCCCAGGCUGACCUGCCCUAGCCAGGCUGGGAUGGUGCUGGAUAAAGACGGCAAAAAGAAGCACUCCAGACCCACAUUCUCAGGACAGCAGAUUUUUGCUUUGGAAAAAGACUUUUGAACAGACCAAAUAUCUGGCAGGCCCGGAGAGAGCUCGCCUGGCCUACUCCCUGGGCAUGACAGAAUCUCAGGUUAAGGUCUGGUUUCAGAACCGCAGGACCAAAUGGAGGAAGCGUCAUGCGGCAGAAAUGGCCUCGGCCAAGAAAAAACACGAUUCGGAGACAGAGAAGAUGAAGGAGAGUUCGGAUAAUGAGGACGAUGAUGAAUACAACAAGCCCCUGGAUCCGAACUCCGACGACGAGAAAAUCUCCAGGUUGUUAAAAAAGCACAAAAAACACAAACUUGAACUUGUUGAGUCCGUGCAGCAAUAACUCGGACACCUUGUGA